AUGACAGAUCAAUCGAUAAAUCGCAAAGCACGCCACGCCACUGGACUUUAAACUUGGUCGCACCCUGAACGGCGGCAACCCGCAUGUUAUCGCCUGGAGUAUGUAAGGUAUGCAACCCGCAUUUCAUGGGAGUCGUGAGGGCUGCAUUUCACAAAUUAUCGCUGAGCACCGGCGAGGUGCGCGACCAACAUAGGACGCCUCCCGUCCGUAAGGUAUGCAACCCGCAUUUCAUAGGAGUCGUGAGGAAUGCACAUCACAAAUUAUCGCUGAGCACCGGCGAGGUGCGCGACCAACAUAGGACGCCUCCCGUCCGUAAGGUAUGCAACCCGCAUUUCAUAGGAGUCGUGAGGAAUGCACAUCACAAAUUAUCGCUGAGCACCGGCGAGGUGCGCGACCAACAUAGGACGCCUCCCGUCCGUAAGGUAUGCAACCCGCAUUUCAUAGGAGUCGUGAGGAAUGCACAUCACAAAUUAUCGCUGAGCACCGGCGAGGUGCGCGACCAACAUAGGACGCCUCCCGUCCGUAAGGUAUGCAACCCGCAUAUCUGCACCUUAGGUCGACGAGGCACGCAACCCGCGACUGAAAUGGACUUAGGUUAGGUUAGGUUAGGUUUGGUUAGGUUAGGUUAGGUUAGGUUAGGUCACACGGAAACGCUGUACUUGGGUUAGGUCACACGGCAACGCUGUACUUGGGUUAGGUCACACGGCAACACUGAACUUAGGUUAGGUUACAUUUC